AUGUCUUCACCACCCAGUCUCAUAUCGGACCUCCGCUGCGAGCAAGACAAGACCUACUAUGAGGGCCGACGACUGGCCCGACGCCGCUACGAGCACGCGACUCUCCGCGACGGGCUGCAACGGGGCUUGUCGCUGUGGACGAUUUUGGCGGGGUGGUCAAACUAUCCCAACGAUCAGGAGCAUUUGCCAACCAGUGCUGUGACCGGUCCUCGUGCCUCCUGCUCCCAGUCUUCCCCAGCGACCAACAAACCGGGCUGCUGCUGCUGCCACUACGACGAUUAUUCUUGUUACCAUCAUCCGAACAAACUCCACCAACACGCCCAGAACCAACAACACCAGCAGAACCAGAACAAUCCACCCCACCAUCACCACCACCCAAAACAUCCCCCACAGCAUCACUCCAUACGGCGGAGAGACACCCCGAACCACGCCCCGCACAACCACAACUACAACCACAACCCAUCCUCCCACCACCAUCAACAAAACAACAACACACAAUCCCAUCCAACGGAGAAGGAUAAUCUCCUCCUCACCCUCACCAUCCAACCUCCCUUCCUCGUCCCGGACAGCUCCUACUACACCCGCAUCUCGGAUUACCGGGUCCGAAGCAGGAAGAGGCCUUGGGAAGGUGAUCGCAGCUGGGAUCAGGGGUGGGGGUUUCUGUGUAGGGCUUAUAAGAGGCGCAGGGGUGGUGGAGGAGGUGGUGGGAGCGGUAUUCGUGGUCGGGGAGAGGUUGGUCGCUGCUGGCGGGGCGGGAGGGAUGGGUCUGGGGAUCCCGGGGGAGCUGUGAUCUUGGAGCGGGGGAUGGUUUGGGAGGUGUAUGGGGAUGAGGAUCAGGAUUCUAUGUAUGGGCACGGGGAUACAGUGUCGAGGUAUGGAGAUGGUGAUGGAGGAGGGGGGAGGUGGCGGUAUUGGGUUCCGGUUGCGGGUUCGGGUUUGAGUUCGGGGAGGAAGUAA